AUGCAAAGCAAAGCAUAACCAUUCUUCUUUCUGUCACUGAAGUAAAUCUGGUUAUGUUUUGAAAGACUUCGAGUAUUUGAAUCUCUCUGGAGUCUUCAAGUAGCCUUGCCGGUCAAGGGUGGGUACAGGCAAAGAAGUAAAGAUGGUCUCGGUUUUGAAAUAUAGACAAAUGCUUUGAGAAUAUAACUUAGAAGUGAAUCAGAGAAUCGUUCCUACUGCAUUAUUGGUAUACUUAUUACUCAAGCAGUUAGUCGCAAUGGGUCAGUGUUGGCCAUCAUUUCGACGCCGAGUUCGCGAGCUGAACGUUUGCUGUGCUGGCGGCAGUGGUCACAAUCGCUAUACUGAAUUUGCUCCGCAGGAUAAAAUGAAGUACAGCGAUGAGACCCUGCUACAUCAGAUGAAUUCUGGUCGACCCGUGUCAAGUGCUGAUGUUGUUUAUGAGGGCGUCGAUAACCAGGAAGGUGCUAUGAACGUUAAUGACUAUUCUGAAGAAGGUGAACAGUACCGUGGAGCUAUACGGUUGCCGCAGAAUGACGAAGAUGAGGAUGCAAGUUUGAAGAAGAGGUAUGGUCAGCAGCAACCACUCCAGCAGCAACAGCAACAACAACGGGAGCCACAGCAGUUGCAAGACCAGAGAAGAAGCAGUGGUGGGAGUGGUGGCAAAGUGUGCAGCAGCACAAGCCAGGAUGUGACCUUAGCUCUUGUCACCAGUGUCAGUACGGAUGAUAUGCGGGAAACCCUUCUUCGUGAUGGCUCACAACAUACCGCCACCAGUGACUUCUCCUCCGUGUCAAGAAAUAUAGCUACAAACACGCAUAGUGAAGGUGAUGGUAGUUAACCAAUGGACAGUCUUCAAGCUCGUGAAGUACUCACUUCAAUGUCGCUUGAUGGUGAUUGCUACGUGCUUACCAGCGUCGCUAGUGUGACGGCCAUGAUACCAUCAUCCUAUAUGUUACUAGUACAAUACAAUACUAGUACAAUACUAUAUAACCCAAUACUAGUACAAUACUAGUACAAUACAAUACUAUAUAACCCAAUACUAGUAUGGUACUAGUAUUGUACUUGUAUUGUACUAGUAUGGUACUAGUACAUGUAUUGGAUAAACCUUGUAGUACAGUACUGUAGCUGUGUUUCUGACAGCUUGUGCAGUUCACACCCAUGUGUGCGCGCAUACGCGUUUGCACACGCAAGCACAAAUACACACUCACAUGCACAUACACACACACGCGCACGCACACACACACACACACACUCACUCGCAUUAUGUACUUGCCCAUCACUCACUAAUUCGCUGUGUAUGCUGAACGAUGCACAGUGAGUGCAGAGCUGUCGUGACGUCACUGGGCUGUCACUGGGCUGUCACUGGGCUGUGCCAGACAUCUACAUAUAGUCAUGUACUCAAUCUGCACAAUUCACUGCUGGAGCACAGGCACUACUGUACCAACACUGUACCAACCCUGUACCACUACUUGACCAACCCUGUACCACUACUUGAGCUAAUGCUGCAGAUGAUGUUACCACGUUGUUGCUGAAACUGUAUUUCAGCAACAUUGUGCUGGUCUUUAUACAGCAAAUUUAUGAUUUCUAUGAGUGUGAGAGACAGAGAGAGAGAGAGAGAGAGAGAGAGAGAGAGAGAGAGAGAGAGAGAGAGAGAGAGAGAGAGAGAGAGAGAGAGAGAGAGAGAGAGAGAGAGAGAGAGAGAGAGAGAGAGAGAGAGAGAGAGAGAGAGAGAGAGAGAGAGAGAGAGAGAGAGAGAGAGAGAGAGAGAGAGAGAGAGAGAGAGAGAGAGAGAGAGAGAGAGAGGAGAUUAGCUCAGAAUGACAUUAAUAUUAUUGUAAUACAUGUAUUACAAUAAUUGUGCAGUGUUUACGUAUUUUUGUGUAUGGCGCUCUAUGGCUCCUCACAGCUGAUGAUGCUCUCUGUGGCAUCACAUGUCUUUUCUCUCGUGGCUGGUGUUUCUCAUCCAAUCAUGUCCACUUGCACGCAUCCACCUAAUGCACACGUCUAGCACAAUAUGAAGCAGCUGGUCUCAAGCAAGCCAAUAUACUUGUAUUUGUCAUUCAUCGUCCAUUCUAUCUGCCUUUAGAAUGUGCUUGCUUGCACUUCAUUGCAUAUUUUCUCUCCCGACUUCCAUGUACUGUAUAAGCAGAAAAUUUCGUCGGUCAAUAAUUUCGUCCAACUCCAAAGAAAGGGAGUUCGUCCGGUUGUAAAUUUCGUCCAUGGAUCACAAGAGUGUAUUGAAAAGCUGGACAAAUCAAUAUUAGUCCGGCAUUUAAUUUAGUCCAACAGCUCGUUGGACGAAAAAGACGAAAUUAAAUUCCAGACGAAUAUUUCUGCUUGUACAGUAAUUACAAUCAUGUUCUUUUCACUUGACCCACUCAUUUUCUUUCUGUUACCCCGUUUAGGAACAUGCAUAGUCCUUGUUGCUGCUGUAUCCAGCCAGCAGACUGCAGUUCAUAGAACUGUGCAAACGGGAGAACUGGAUUGGUACGUUGAAUGCUACAGCCUGUACAGGUGGCAAGCUAUUGCUGUUACUUGAAGUACAUUAAUGGUUAUGCUAUUUUUUCCUUCUCCCUCUCUCUCUCUCGAUUCUUUUCAGAAAGCUCUACGGGCCUAAACACGA